AUGAAUCCUUCUAUAACCGCAACUUCUGCCUCGACGGAAACGCCACCCACAGAUAUGGAUUCUCCGCCGACCCACUCAAUUAUGCCGCGCACGGAGCCCCAAGUAACGAUGGACCCCACAGACGACCUCAACUACGCUACCAAUUACCCCAAAUCAACUCACCUGGCCUCCUAUAUGCCCCUGUUGGAUAGGUGCCCGGAGCUCAUUCCCAUGACUAACCUCUCUCCUAGAGAUCGUCUGGAAGAGGAAUUUCGUAUCGCGCUUACCAUGGAGUCCUUGAACAUCCGGAGGGGUAAGAACGGUCUUGCAGGUCUCCCAGAGUUCGCAAUCCCCACUAUUACGUAUCAGUAUCCAGCCAGGAAGGGCGGAAUGAUAAAGAUUGCCUCUUUCAAUACAGGCUACAACAACGACCAGGCGGAGAAGAUAGUACAAAAGGCCUUGGAGGGUUUGAGGGAUUUGGACAUCAAAUCUGCGGUGGAUGGGAAUGGGGAAGAGGUAGUGGCCGACGAUAGUGAGAAUUACUCCGCCCCGCCAGCCGCUGCACCGGUCAAGCAGGGUGCGGACCUUGGUCCGUCCGCACAGCCCAGCUCACGUAUGUCAGCGGAGCCCACCACACCGAUAUCAAGCCCAUCAGGCGCCGGAAUUACCGCAGAGAACGCACCCGCCGCGGAGGCCCAACCUACACUCACUUUAGUGCCGGGGUCCGACCCACCCUCACAAAUACCCGCCAUAGACACCGCCGUAGAGACCACAGAGGACCGGCCCUCAUUAACCCACGAUACUUCCUCAUUACAAGGUCGUUCCUGGCAAACUCUUACGGUCGAAGAGGCCACCCACGCCCUUUCCCGCACACCUCCCACACAUCCGCACCACGCCGCAAACGUUUUCAUACUCGGCCAACUCUACCUUCUCCGCUACAACUCCACGAAAGACCACACAUUUUUAACCCUCGCCCUGAAACACACCGAAUCUUCCCUCCGCCUCUUCCCCGGCAUUCUUCGCCUGAUCCCACUCGUGAGCAUCUGCCGCAUCUUGAGCUUGCAGGGCAGCUAUACCCGCGCGGACUUGCUCCUGAAUGAAGGCUUAGUUAUAAAGAUUGAGGGGGCGGGGGUCUCCACGCUGAUGAGUUCAAGUCGUUUGCGCGGGGAGCGCUACUCCACUACACAGGAGGCAGAACAUCUAGAGAUGGCAAUAACAUAUAUGACUGAAGAGCUGGCAACACAGAGCGGGGAGGGAAGAGGCUCGCUUUUACUCACUUUGAGUUGUAUGCACAAUUACAGCUUCAUGGCUACACGGGAGGCGGCAGAUCUGGACAUGGCCAUCGACCAUCUGACCGAGCUGACGGGUCUAAGCGCCAACCCAAAGCUCCGGAGAAUGUUGGCAAGAUACCACGCUACCCGCUAUGAGACUAGUAAAGCUCUGACGGACCUGGAUGCCGCUGCGGCCGCUCUGGAAGCUGCGCUAUAUGCCGCCAAAGGAGGCUCCGCCGCUCGGGCGGACACUAUCCUCCGCGCAGCGGUGGCCCGCCACAGGUGGCUGAAUACUGACUUGGGGGCAGACGUGAGAGACGCGCUCAAGUGGUUAUAUAUAAUGGCCCUGACGUUCAGACCAUAUGCAAUGCUAGUUGUCGAGCUGGAGUUUCCAAGCAUCAAAGCUCUACUUCUUGCCCAUACACGCAUAAUUGGUGACCGCGAAAGCCUGGUGGAACUGAAGCACUUUGCUUCCAAAUUGUUUGAUCAGCUGCCCGAGGGUGAUGAGCGAAACAAGAUGGCGGUGGAGCUGGCCAAUCUAGAGUCCAAACUGGCUGACGGCUAUGGCAUGGAUCCAAUUGCUCAUGUAGAAGCGGGACUGGAUGUUAUUGAUCCGGAGGAGGAGCCGGAGUUGUAUAUCGAUCGCCUCGAUAUUCUUUCUAAUCACCUCAUGGCGCGAUUCGAGCGCUACGGGAACCCUGCAGAUGUAACAGCUGCGGCGGAAAAGCUAGAGAUUGUUGUUGCCGUGACCGAACCCGUAGGUUGGCGCUAUUUCGACCGCUUGCAAAGAUCAUCACGAUGCCUUUACAUACGCCACAGGGCGCUAGGGGAGCCAGCGGACCUCGACAGUGCAGUAGCCUACGGUGAGAUGUGUUUGGCCGCGGCGGAGGCCUUGCCAGGUGAUGAUGGCUCCCAUCAUCACAUUCGCGCGUCGCAUUUCUUUCUCAUCAUCGCCUACACCGCGAGAUUCAACCAAACAGACCAGGUGUCGGACCUGGACAAGGCGCGGAAGCUGGCCACGGUGGCGUCCGAAGGGAUAGAGGAGGGCGAUCCAUUAUAUGCUUCCAGCCUGGCAAAUCUCGCUCUGAACUACGGGAAGAUGUUCGAGAGGAGCAGUGUGAAAAUGCACAUCGAUUCUGCCAUUGAAAUUGGCCAGCGGGCUCUGGAGAUGGCGUUCAAGUGUAAGCUUGACCGAGAACACCAGGCUACGCAUAUGGAGCGUCUCAGCCGGUUUUACCUGUUGCGGUACCUAAGAAAGCCCAUUGCCAGCGAUGAGGAUCUGGUAGACGGGAUCCGUCACAGCGAGGAGGCGCUGAAACGGACACCAAUGGAUCACCCGGGGUAUGCAGACCGCCUAAUGCUUCUUGGGCGCUGGGCCCACCGGAAGCAUAUGCGGAAACAUGGCAGCCUCGAGGAUAUGGAUCGGGGGAUCAAAUACGUGAAGACUGCACUUGAUAUGAUGCCGAGCGGGAGCCCCAAGCAGGCGGACGCGAGGUCGACGCUCGCUCUAAUGCAGGUGAUGCGGCGGGCUCUUGGUGACCCCACUGACAAGGUGCUGGUCGACGCGGACACGCAGGCGUGGCUGGAGGGAUCAGAUGGAUCGAUAGAGGGGGUCCUAUCAGCGCAAUAUUGGCUGCGGUAUCAGCGGCUUGGGGACUUGACUGAUAUCGAGAAAGCCGUCGAAUACUCUCACGCCGCACUUUUAAAAUCACCAGAGCGAGAUGCCACACGCGGGGCUGUCCUCGCAGUGUUGGCCGGCCACCUCAUGAGUCGGUACGAGAGACUGGGCGCAAUGGACGAUCUCGACAUGGCCAUUUCCAAGGCGCGGGAGGCGGUCGAGUGUACGCCGUUCGACGCUCACGGCCGCCACGACCGCCUGAUAGAGCUCUGCCAACUCCUCAUUGACCGCUAUCGCCGCAUCGGCUACGCCGCAUUCGACGACCUCCUCGCCGCCAUAACUCUCGGCCAGCGCUGCGUGGAGGUCACCGACGGCAGCGAUCCACCGGUCCAUUUGCAGAUCAUGCUCGCCGACGCCCUCCACCUUCGCCACACCAUCUAUCCAAUCCUCUUCCACGACCUUGAGCGCGCGAUAAUUCUCACCCAAAAUGCCAGAGCCCUUAUAGGGCAGAUGUGUUCGCGGAACGUACACCCCAUCGACAUCAUCCACCGGCUUGGAAAGCUUUUUCGCUCGCGCUUCCGCUACACUGGCCUGGUCCACGACAUUGACACAGCCAUUGAGCACUUGAAGACUACCGUCAGGGAAUGUUAUGAUGAUGAACCCUCCCGUGGAAAGGUCCUGGACGAUUUGGGACGAUGCUAUCUCCUCCGCUACCAGGCAAAGCAGAACACGGGCCCGGAUGGGCAACUAUCAUUCCACUCCUUCCGCGACGCAUGGAACGUCACCUCCGCCGCGCCACUGGUACGCAUCCGCGCUGCACAGAUGGUAGGGAACGUCUAUGCCCGCUCUGGAAAGUGGACCGAUGCAGCGGGUGUGUACGAGGCCUGUGUGAACCUCAUGCCGCGGGUCAGCCUACCGUUUCUCCCCCGCGUGGAUCAGCAGCGGCUGUUGGCGAUGCUCACCGGCGUUGCGUCACAGGCGGCUACAUGCGCUUUAUUGGCCAGGAAAGGAGCCAUACACGCGCUGAAGCUACUUGAGCUGGGCCGUGGGAUUAUUGCGGGCUUCGUUAUCGACUGUCGCAGUGACGUGACAGACCUGGAGUCCGAGCACCCAGAGCUGUGGCGUCAGUUUACGGGAUUGAGGAGGCAGAUGGAGGACGGGCUUGCAACACCACUUCGAGCAACCGGGUGGGAGCUACUCGGUCCCAAGAGUGUCAUGGCCUGGCGUAAGAAGGUGAUGGCCAAGAUGGAGGAAGUGCUAGGAACGAUACGAGGCUUGCUAGGGUAUGAGGGCUUCCUGAGGCCGCCGAGCGCCGACAGUCUCAUGGCGCUCGCCGUCUCUGGGCCUAUAGUGGUGGUCAACGCCAAUGCGCCCCGCUGCGACGCCAUCAUGGUCACUAGCACCGCCAUCACGAGCAUCGCACUCGAUAGAUGGGAGUGGAAAGAAGCACAUCAACAGCUGGGCGGUAUGAAGGAUCUCGUGACGGGCGGUAUGUCCACCUACGCCGUCCGCACGAAGAAGAUGCAGGAGCUGCUAAUCUGGUUAUGGGAUGUCGUUGUCUCUCCCGUUCUCACCGAACUUGGCAUUACCGCCCCACCACCACAGGGGGGUGAGCUACCGCACAUCUGGUGGAUCGGCACCGGUCAGCUGGGUCUGGCCCCGUUCCAUGCAGCGGGACAUCAUAAGGAUGGGUCGACUGAGAAUGCAAUCAGUCGUGUCAUAUCCUCGUACACGCCAAACAUCAAGGCGCUGCAGUAUUCUCGGCAGAAGCCCGCGGAGCCCAUGAGGGACCUGUUGCUAGUCACAAUGCCGACGACUGAAGGCAAGAGUGAGCUUGAGGGUGUGACGGAGGAGGUAAAACGGAUUAUUGAGAUUGUGCAGCCCGAUGUCGCGACCGAUCUCAUGGUUCACCCCGAGGUUCCGGAGGUCCUGUCAUCCCUCGGCAACUAUCAAGUCGUUCAUUUCGCCUGUCAUGGUGUUAUCAACGCCGAGGAUCCCAGCAGCGGUGGACUCCUACUGCAGGGGGGACGACUCACGGUUGCCGAUGUAGCUGCAAAGAGCGGAUGCGCAAUGGUGGCCUAUCUCUCCGCCUGCUCGACAGCUGAAACUGGAGACAGUGUGUUGGUGGAUGAAGGAAUCACGCUGGCUGCCGCCUUCCAGAUGGCGGGAUUCCGGCAUGUUGUGGCGACCAUGUGGGAGGGGCGAGAUGAGGUGUGUGUGGGGGUUGCAGAGGGGUUCUAUGAGAAUAUAAUGAAGGGGUUUGGGGUGGCGAAGGCGCUUCAUGAUGCUGUUGUCAAGGCGAGGGGUGAGGGGAGGCGGGCGGCGAAGGUGUUGAAUUGGGCGCCGUUCAUACAUAAUGGAGCGUAG